AUGAAAUUGAAGAAACCUUCACUGUUUUCUUCUUCCUUGCUCUGCGCCGUUCCGUGUGUUCUUCUCUCUCAAGCUCCUCGCAGGGUAAGGGUUUCAUCAUCCGUUUUCGUCAAUGCGAAGCCUGUAACAUUGAGAAACCGCGCUGUUAAUUUGCGCGUAUAUUAUUCCAUGGCCCCUGCUGAUCAGAACCGCUCUCGCCAUCAUGACGAAAGCUCUUCAAAACCUAACAAGAAAAAGAAGUCAAGCCACAACUUAGAAAAGAAUCUCUUUGUCAAUCUUAAUUUCUGUUCCAAGUCCAAAGACCUCUCAGCUGCGUUGGCUCUUUACGAUGCAGCUAUCACUUCUGGUGAUGUCCGCCUCGGUCAGCAACACUUCCAAAGCCUUCUUUACCUCUGCUCCGCGUCCAUUAGUGAUCCAUCUCUUCAAACCCUUGCCAUCGAUCGUGGCUUCCAGAUUUUUAACCGUAUGGUUAGUUCCGGGAUAACUCCUAACGAGUCCUCCGUCACUGCAGUGGCACGAUUAGCUGCUGCAAAGGGUGAUGGUGAUUAUGCUUUCAAGCUUGUUAAAGACUUUGUUGUUGUUGGGGGUGUAUCGGUCCCUCGACUGAGAACCUAUGGUCCAGCUUUGCUCUGUUUCUGUGAUAAAUUGGAGGCUGAAAAGGCUUACGAGGUGGAAGAGCACAUGGAUGCUUCAGGUAUUGCGUUGGAGGAGGCAGAAAUCUCGGCUUUGCUGAAGGUAAGCGUUGCCACGGGUCGAGAAAACAAGGUUUAUAGAUAUUUGCAUAAAUUAAGAGAAUGUGUCGGCUGCCUUAGUGAAGAAACUUCAAAAAUUAUCGAGGAAUGGUUCUGUAGAGAGACAGCUAGCGAGGUUAUCGAAAGUGGGAUUGGUUCUGAUGUUGAGUUGCUUAGAGCAGCUGCUUUGAAGAAUGGAGGUGGGUGGCACGGUCUUGGGUGGAUUGGUAAAGGAAAAUGGAUUGUGAAGAAAGGUAAUGUUAGCCAAGCCGGAGAAUGUUUGAGCUGUGGUGAGCAUUUGGCUUGUGUAGAUACCAAUGAGGUCGAGACUGAGAAAUUUGUGGAUUCUUUGGUGGCUUUGGCUAUGGAGAGGAAGGCGAAGAUAAAUUCAUGUGAGCCAAUGGCGGAUUUCAGCGAGUUUCAGGAGUGGCUUAAAAAGCAUGGAGAUUACGAAGCUAUACUAGAUGGAGCAAAUAUUGGACUCUACCAACAAAAUUUUGCAGAUGGUGGUUUCAGUCUAACACAGCUUGAAGCUGUAGUGAAGGAGCUUUACAAUAAAAGUGGUAACAAAAAAUGGCCGCUAAUUCUCUUGCACAAGAAACGGGUCAAUGCGCUCUUAGAAAACCCUAUUCACGGGAAUCUGGUGGAAGAAUGGAUUAACAACAAUGUCCUAUACACAACUCCACCAGGUUCUAAUGAUGAUUGGUAUUGGCUUUAUGCUACUGCUAAACUCAAGUGUUUGCUUGUGACUAAUGAUGAGAUGAGAGAUCACAUUUUCGAACUCUUAAGUAGCAGUUUCUUCCAAAAAUGGAAAGAAAGACAUCAGGUUCGGUAUACGUUUGUGAAAGGUUGUUUAAAGCUUGAAAUGCCACCUCCAUUUUCGGUUGUGAUUCAGGAAUCUGAGAAAGGAUCAUGGCAUGUGCCAAUCACGUGCCAAAACAAUGAAGAAUCUUUAAGAAAUUGGAUUUGCAUUACAAGGCAGAGUUUAUAG